CCUAUUACGUCUAGACACAUUGAACCUAAAGUUAAUUGACUUACGAACUCGCGCGGACAUUACCUUGACAUUAAAAUGAUCAAUCAAACAGUAUUGCAACAGUAUAUAAGGCUAGAGAAAAUCGUAACAGGCAUCAUUUGGCAAUCAUUGCCCAACAGAACAGGAGCACAGGAAACCAUGAGAGCAAUCACGCUGGUAUGUCUGGCGGUAGCCGUGGCAGCCGUGGCGGCACGGGACCCGCGCUACAAGAGGAACGCUGAUCUCGAGGAGGCGGCUUCCCACCACUGGGAGAAGGGCGGCGGUGGCGAGCAUCACGGCGACCACCACCACGAGCACGGCGGCGACGGCGAGAAGGGCUACAAGGGACACCACGAGCACGAACACGGCAAGAAGGGACACUCCCACCACGAGGGCCACAAGGGCCACUACGGGGAACACGGCGGCCACAAGAAGCACCACCACCACGACGACGGGUACUAUGAUGAGCACCACCACGGAGAAAAGGGUGAAAAAGGACACGGCUUCGAAGAAAAGGGACACUACCACAAGGGACACUCCACCAAGGGCCAUCAUGGUAUACACAAAAUAGACGAGUUCAAGAAGGACAAGCACUUCCACGAUAAGCACGGCGAGUCUGGCUUCGAAGAGGGCUACGGCGGUCACCACCACGAGGGCGGACACGAGAAGGGCGGCCACUUCCACAAGGGACACAAGGAGGGCGGCCACCACGAGCACCACCACGGCAAGAAGGGUCACCACGAGGAGGGAGGACACCACCACGACCACAAGGGACACCACGACGAGGGCGGCCACCACGAGCACUGGGGACACCACGAGGGUCACGGCAGCAAGGGCGGACACGAAGACCACAAAGGUUGGGACUGGAAGGGGCACAAAUAAGUUAUCUAUAAUUGUUUUAAUUGCUCGCGCAUUUGUUUUUGUUAAUGUUUUGUGAUACGGAAUGAAAUAAAUUAUUUAAACAUUUUAUAUAA